GUUCGCAUGUAUUGUGUUGUGUAUCGUGUAUGUGAUUUCACGGUAGUGCUUCCUACCAUCGGUCCUUUCGAAAAUAUUCGUCGUAUUUUCCCGCUUAUAUACCAUUUAAUUUCAAGCAACUGAAGAACAAAAUAAUACAGAAGUUCACAGAGAUCGAAAGAGGUCGAGAAGACCUCAAGGACGUGGAGAAAUUGAAUCGGCGUGGCUGAAUCACAAUGGAGAUAAGAAGAUCAUCGGGUACCUUGAAUGAGUACUUUCCAGAGAGCCAUUUUUGUGCUACACCUGAUGUGAGAGGCAAUGAGAACAUUUGCCCUGAGAAUGAAGUUAUGUCACCUGUUGCAUCGAAGAGGAGUAGAAAAGAUGGAAAAUUGAACUUGAGGAAAAGCUUAGCGUGGAACCCGGCCUUUUUUACUGAAGAAGGUGUGCUAGAUUCAGCUGAGUUGUCCGUAAUCAGUGAUUCAGUCACCAGGCGAAGCAGUAGACUUUUAUCGAAGACCAAUGGGGAGAGCUCUUCAAUGACGGAAUUUAAUAACUCUAGUAAGAGGCCGCCGCUUAAUAAUCUUGAAGAAAAUUUUUUGAGUAAAGAACAUGCAAUUCGAAUGUCUAGAAGUAGCAACAAGAGGGCUGCCAACUUGUUCUCUAUAACAGAAACAUCAAAACAUGAUGGACUGCAAAUGUCGAUGACCUUGAUAAAGACGCCAUCCACAAAAGGCAUAACAGGAAAUGUGCCAAAAUUGGACGCUGCUUGCUUAAUGUUGGAAAAAGAAAAAAAAGCAAAAGUACAGAUUGAGCAAGAUACAAGCAUAUUGAAGUUGAAUUCUUGCCCAUCAUAUUCAAAUAGAUCACAGAGGAGGAUGAGUUGUUCUGCCCAUACAGGCAUGACGUUCGUAGUUAAAGAAAAUGCACAAAAUUUUCGUGGGUUGCCUCCUGCACCAAUCCAUGCCAAGCAAUCAACCUUGAAGAUGCCUUCUUCACAAGUAAGAUUGGAAAAGGAAAAAGCAGCAAAACCACUAUUUGAGAAGGACCCGAUUUUAUUGAAGCUGAAUUCUUGCCCAUCACCCUCAACUGAAUCAACAAUGGAGACAACUUCUUCUGGUUCUGCUGGAAUAUUCUUUUCAAGUUCUCAACAAACAUUCAAUGUUCCUGGUUUGCCACCUGCGCCAAUCCAAGCUAGGCCUUCUGCUUUGAGGAUGCCUUCUCCAUCACUAGGAUUCUUUCAACAGAAAAUGGUUACUUCCUCUCACAGCACUCAACUCCAUAGAACUUCUCAAUUGCCCAUAUCUAAGGCUCAGUCCCUAAGAAAAUUGGUCAAUCUUAAGCGCAUGGCUCCUUCUAAGCCUCCAAUGGCUCAAACUGAGCGACAAACAAGAAAAGAUUUUGAAGCACAUGCAAACAUGGAGAUAAAACAGUUCAAUAAAAAAGGUAUGAUAUCAUCCAAUGCUUGUGGGAGAUCAAAUUGCCUAUCAGAUGCUGCGGAAGAGAUUACGACCAACUGUUUGUCGGUGAGCCUCAAUAUGGAUGUGAAAACUCGAGAAACACUUCUAGGGAAACCUUACAAUGGAAGAACAAUGGAAAGGGAAUUAACUGAUGAAAAUUGUUCCCAGUCACAGAUCAGCUGUAAUCCUCGGACUGAGGGAGGUGGGAUGAUCGGAAAUGUUCAGCAUUUUAAUGGCUUUGAGAGCACCAGUGAUUCUUCUCAGUAUUCCGUUGGUACCAUUGCAACUGAAAUUUGUCCCACCUCAUCUGAAAUGCACUUCCCACAAAACUUGGAUGAAAGCAAUUUAAAACCAUUGUAUGUGCAUGCCCCAGUUAUGAAUAGUGAGCUUGUUAUGCAUAAAGAUGCAGGAGAUGAGACUUUUGCUGACACUAGCUUGGAGACGCUUGAAAGUAUAAGCGCUGUUUGUGGUGCUUCAGAAGAAGAAUUAUCUCAAAAUGGUAACGAGCACUUCCAAAAGCUCAAUGAGGAUUCAACAGAAGAGGGUGGUGUUCAGAAUGCAUCAGAAGAGUGUCAGUCCCAAAAUGACCUUCAAUUGUGUGAGUUAAGGAAUGAGACUAGCUCAGUAGAAGAGAAUGGAUUGAUGCCAGUUAAAAGGGUAUCUUUGGACAACUUGAAGCAAGAAAAUACCCUCUUGAAACCUCAUUUGAGUGCUGUUCCAUACUCAGAGGAGUGGCUGUCAGCGAUUGAGGCGUUUGGAGAGGACAUUUUGGAAGUUAAAACAGGUACCGUACAAAACUCUCCUCCUCUUAUAAUAUGA